UGCAGUGAUGUCUGGACGUGGCAAAGGCGGGAAGGGCUUGGGUAAAGGGGGCGCCAAGCGCCACCGCAAAGUCCUGCGGGAUAACAUUCAAGGGAUCACAAAACCUGCAAUCCGUCGCCUGGCUCGUCGCGGUGGAGUAAAGCGCAUCUCAGGUCUUAUUUAUGAAGAGACCCGCGGGGUUUUGAAAGUGUUUCUGGAGAACGUAAUUCGGGACGCGGUCACCUACACCGAGCACGCCAAGCGCAAGACUGUCACGGCCAUGGACGUGGUCUACGCGCUCAAGCGCCAGGGACGCACCCUUUACGGAUUUGGCGGUUAAGUCGGCACCCACAAACUAGU